AUGGAGUCUAAAGAAGACAAGCGCGACAGUGCUGCAGGUGUUCACAAUGAGCACAUUCGAAAGCAAAGCGUUGUUCAGCUUACCGAGAACACGAGUGGAGAAGUCAAGAAUCCUCUUGCCGGCAUCCCUAUUCCGCAGCUCCUGACUGAAGUCGACGAAUUCGCCACGAAGAACGAGCUGAAAGACAUUCUCCCGCUCCUUCGUAAAGGCGCCCUUGUCGCUCGUGACCCAAAUGGCUUCGAGAGCAUUGACGAGCUGGACGAGGCGGAUAAGGAGGCUAUCCGCCAUGAACGCACACACAAGUGGGACCAUCCCUGGGCUUUGUACUUCACAAUCAUCUUGAACUCAAUUGCAGCCGCCAUUCAAGGUUGGGAUCAGACUGGCUCUAACGGCGCAAAUCUUUCUUUCCCUGAUGAGUUCGGCAUAUCGACAAAGGCAGACGUCUGUGGGCCGAAAGGCACUUGUGAGAAGGACGAGUGGAUCGUAGGCGUUGUCAAUGCAAUGCCCUACAUAGCCAUCUGGCUUUUUGCGGCAUGGAUCUCCGAUCCUCUGAACGACCUCAUCGGCCGUCGUGGAACCAUCUUUACCGGCGCUAUCUUCUCGCUCGUGGCACCCUUCGGCAUGGCUGUGACCCAGAACUGGGGGCAGUUGAUCGCUACCCGUGUCUUGCUCGGUAUCGGCAUGGGUUUGAAGGAAGUCACCGUCCCCGUGUUUUCGGCCGAGACUGCACCAGCUAUGGUCCGUGGUGGUCUGGUGAUGAGCUGGCAGCUUUGGACGGCUUUUGGCAUUUUCUUGGGCACCUGUGCCAACCUUGCCGUGUACCGUGUCGGAAAGAUUGCAUGGCGCUUGCAGUUUGGCAGUGCUUUCAUCCCGGCUGUUCCACUCGUCAUUGGCAUUUACUUCUGCCCCGAAUCACCUCGCUGGUACUUGAAAAAGAAGAAGUAUAGGAACGCGUACAACUCUCUACUCCGUCUCCGCAGGAAACCGCUGCAAGCUGCUCGCGAUCUCUACUACAUCAACGCUCAGCUUGAGUACGAGGAAGUGCUCGUCAAGGAAUCUGGUCUCACGAACGCGAACAACAUUGUCACCCGCUUCUUCGAGCUAUUUACCAUUCCGCGCGUCAGACGUGCUACACAGGCUUCAGGUAUUGUCAUGAUUGCGCAGCAAAUGUGUGGUAUCAACAUCAUAGCGUUCUACUCGAGUACCAUCUUCGAGCAAGCCGGUGCCGGCACAUUCGGGUCACUCAUGGCCACCUUUGGAUUCGGCCUAGUUAACUUCGUCUUUGCGUGGCCCGCGGUCUGGACGAUCGAUACGUUCGGUAGACGUGGCUUGCUGCUGUUCACUUUUCCGCAGAUGUUCUGGACGCUGCUUGCCGCAGGCAUGUGCUUUUACAUCCCGAAGGACAACGACGCACAUCUCGGCCUCGUCGCUACCUUCAUAUACCUGUUCGGGGCUGUGUAUUCUCCAGGAGAAGGCCCUGUGCCCUUUACUUAUUCGGCCGAGGUUUUCCCCUUAAGCCACCGUGAACUCGGCAUGUCAUGGGCCGUAGCUACCAAUAACUUCUGGGCCAGUAUCCUCAGCAUUACAUUCCCGCGUCUUAUCGGCGCCUUCAAGCCGCAAGGCGCGUUCGGCUUCUACGCCGGUCUCAACAUCAUUGCAUUGGUUCUGAUCUUCCUCUUCCUCCCAGAGACCAAGCAGCGCACACUUGAAGAAUUAGAUUGGGUAUUUGCGGUGAGUACACGCAAGCACGCUUCGUACCAGCUCUUCCAGGUGCUCCCGUGGUGGAUCAAGCGGUACAUGCUGUUCCGAAAGAACCUACCCUCUCCCGAGCUCUACCACUUCGAGAGCGACGAGUAUCGCGCCACCACGGGCAGGGGAAGCGACGAUGUCGAGGGUAGGAAUGUGGCGGCGAUGAAGGUGGAUUGA